AUGUAUCACAUUUUCAGACCUUUACGGAGAAAAGGGGUUUUGGUUUUCUUUGAUGACAUUCUUUUGUACAGUAAGUGUUUGAGGGACCAUGAACAACUAUUAGAGCCAGUCUUUCAAUUAGUGGAACAACAUAGUUUGUAUGCUAAGAUGAGCAAAUGUUACUUAGGGAAGAGUAAAGUAGAAUACCUUGGGCAUUUUAUCUCGCGGGAAGAAGUGGAAACUGAUCCUCAAAUGAUUGAGGCUAUCAGAACUUGGCCUCCACCAACCAACAUCAAACAGCUAUGGAGUUUUCUUGGCCUAGCUAGAUACUAUAGAAGGUUCAAGCAUUAUGCCCUAAUCAGUAAACCUCUAACUUCAUUGCUUAAGAAGGGGGCUUUCCAGUGGGAUGAAACGGCACAAGAAGCCUUCCAAUAG